UGGUGUAGGAAACGAUGUGCCGGCCGUCUCCAGUGUCGUUUACCGGUCGCGGAGAGUUCACGUGUGUCGCCACACAUUUUUCUCCCGGUCGGGCAGGUUUCUAAAAUUUAAAAAACUAAAAUGAUAAUGUCUAAGUAUCCAUUUUUUGUAUGCUAUUUGAUCGCGGCUUGCGUUUUGCUACCCAACACUCACGUUAUAGCUAUUGCAGCCGACGAGCACGAUGUACAGACAAAUGACGAUCCAGAACAAAAACCGGCCGUUGCCAAUAACAGGUACGAACCAACCUGGGAUAGCCUGGACGCGAGACCCUUGCCCACGUGGUACGACAAGGCUAAGUUCGGAGUGUUCAUCCAUUGGGGUGUGUACUCGGUGCCAGGAUUCGGUAGUGAGUGGUUUUGGAUGAAUUGGAGAGGCAGAAAAGGUCACUCGUACGUAAACUUCAUGACAAAAAAUUUCAAGCCCGGAUUUUCCUACCAAGAUUUUGGUCCGAAGUUUACCACCGAAUUUUUUGACCCCAUGCAUUGGGCUGACCUAAUCAGACUCUCCGGAGCAAAAUAUGUCGUGCUGACAUCUAAACAUCACGAGGGUUACACAAUGUGGCCUUCGAAGAGAUCAUUUGGAUGGAAUUCAAUGGAUGUCGGACCCCAUCGUGAUAUAGUUGGCGAACUCAGCAGGGCCAUAAGAAGUUUAAACACUACACGAUUCGGGCUGUACCAUUCUUUGUACGAAUGGUUUAACCCGCUGUGGAUUGAAGACAAAUUUAAAAACCUAACGACCCGGAACUUUGUCACAGAUAAAGUGCUCCCAGAACUACACGAACUGGUUCACGAAUACAAACCGGAAAUCAUCUGGUCGGACGGCGAAUGGGAAGCACCUGACACGUACUGGGAUUCGUUAAACUUCCUUGCUUGGCUGUACAACGACAGUCCCGUAAAGGAUACCGUUGUAGUUAACGACCGAUGGGGAGGGGCUACCCUGUGCAAACACGGAGGGUUUUUGACGUGCGCCGACAGGUAUCAACCAGGUAAACUCGUGAGCCGAAAAUGGGAGAACGCUAUGACGGUCGACAAGUUCUCGUGGGGCUACAGGAGAAACGCCCGUUCUCGUGAAAUAUUCAGUACCCAGGAAUUAAUUAACCAGCUUGUGGAAACCGUCAGCUUUGGAGGUAAUUUGUUGUUGAAUGUCGGUCCGACCAGUGACGGGAUGAUUCCACCGAUAUUCGAAGAACGUUUACUACAAAUUGGCCAAUGGCUGUCAAUAAACGGAGCAUCUAUAUUCGACACUACGCCUUGGCCGAAAUGCCAAAACGACACGGUCGACAGUAACUUAUGGUACACCCAAGGCAAUAGCACCACUAUUUAUUCAAUAAUCACCGAAUGGCCUGAAAACGGUUUGCUAAACUCUGGAUGUCUCGACAAACUCGACAUUACAUCUAUAACUAUGUUGGAAACGCGAAAUCACUUAAAAUGGAGUCCUAGGGCAGAAAAUGGCAUAGUCAUCAAGUUGGACGACAGAUCGAAAGUAAAAAAUCAUUAUGCUUGGGUUUUACAGGUUGUUCUACGGCAUUAGGUAAAAGGUUUCCGAGAACUGAAUCCUUUCAUUUGUACUAGUAAUAUUUCAUAAGAAACUAUAGUUCCAAAAACCUGAAAAAAAUUCAAUGUCAAACUACUAAAAAUUAUUAUAAAUGCUUAAGUUUAAGUGAAUUUUUCAUGUUAUGAAUUUUGUAUGUUUUUGCAUUGUACUGAAUUAUGUCAAUUUAAAUUAAAAUACACUCACUGUAAGUAAGAAUUUUCUCGACAUUAAAAACAUGUGACUUCCUGUUA